AUGAUAUAUUCUAAGUUAGAUUUUUUUUCUUCUCAUUUUACAUUCAAUACAGGUAAUCAAUAAGCUAAGAGGGGCACAUUAUUUGGUACAGCGCUCUCAUUUUUUAUCUUUGUGAUAACACUAUCGUACUUAGUCUACAUAAUAAAAUAGUAUAUUAACAACUAAAUAGAGCCUACUUUUAGGUCUUAAAGCUUCAUUAAUGACGACUUGAUCUCAGUUCCACUAAACAGUGACUUAGUUGGAUUUAGAUUUGAAAAUGGAAUUAGUUAGAGUAUAUAAUCCCCAGAUAAGACCUACUUAGUUUAUUUGGCUUUCUUUUUUUAUAGUUCUCCUAAUGAUAAUCAAUUCAUACCACUCAACGUAAUCGAUUGUACUAACACUAAUCUUAUAGGAUUUAAGUGCCUUGAUUUUAGCAGUGUAUAGAAUUAUACAUUAGCUCUGAACACAAAUUAGGACAUUAAGUCAUCAGUUUAGAUCUUUACUUAUGGUUGUAGAGAUAUUGAUACUUUAAAGACUUUUGUUCCUAAUAAUUGCGCUGAAUAAAAUGAAAUUGACAGUAUGAUUAAUGGCAUCAAUUCCGUUUUAAGGUUUAAGCUUUUUACAUCUUAAUACAAUACUACAUCUUAAAGGAUAGAGGAAAGAUAUAGAAAUGCUUACAUUUAUACCAUAGCAAGUUUAUCCAUAAUAACAUAAUUUAAAACACAAAAUUAAAACACUUCUAUCAAACAAGGUUUAAUAAUUUAAUCAGAAUAAAACUUUGAUUCACCAAUCCAAUAUAGUUAAUAAGAUUUAGGCUAUGAUAGGUAAUACGCCCUACAAUAAAUUGGAGGUGGCGGAUAUAGCGUAGCAUUAAUUUUUGUUGAUGAACUUGUUUAACAAAUAUAAAUUUAAUAUCCUACGUUACCAUAAGCGUUUGCACUCGUAAAUGGUAUUUUUUCUGUCUUAAUGUUUACAGGUAUUUUUGCGAGAAUGGUUUCAUAAAAUUCGAUAAAUAAAGACCUUUUCUUAAUAUUUUUAAAAAAUAUAUACCAAGACAAUUAUUUACAAAUUUUAAAAAACACCAAAAACAUUCAAUUGGCUGAUGAAGAAGUUGUUGAGUCAAAUAAUGAUGAAUAAGAUUUGUAAGAAUAAAAAGAAUGCGAUUUAGAAUCAAAAAGCGAUAAAGAAAAGUUUUGUGAUUAGCCAAUAAUAAUACCAGCUUUUAAAAAUAAAUAGAAAACUUUAUUGGAAUAAGAUCAAUAUAAUAAUAAUAUGUCUAAUAACAUAGAAAAUAUUAUGAUAAAUGUUUAAAAUGAUAAUUAAAAAAUUGAUAACUAGUUAAAUGAAUAAACUAAUAAUUUUAUGUCUUAAGGAGCCUAAAAUAAUUUUAUGUCUGAAGAAGCAUAAAAUAAUUUUAUGUCUGAAGAAGUAUAAAAUAAUAAUAUAUCUUAAGGUGCCUAAAAUAAUUUUAUGUCUUAAGGUGCCUAAAAUAAUUUUAUUUCUGAAGAAGCCUAAAAUCAUUUUACGUAUUAAGGAGCUUAAAAUAGUAGUAUUUCUUAAGGAGCCUAAAAUAAUAUAAGUGUUAAAUAGAAUUUUAUCACAGAGACGGAAUCAAUAAUUUAGUCAGUAAUAGGUGUCGAGCAGAAGGGUUUUCAAAGAGAUCUUUUAAGUAAUAAUAAUUCGCCAUAAAAUGCUAGAUUGAUGAAAUUUGUUUUAAAUAAGUAAUCAAAUUUUUAAUAGUAUUAAAUGAAAGAGAAAAAUAGCAUAUUAGCAGAGAGUAGCUAAAUUUUGAUAUAAAAUUUUAAUGCAAUUAAAACUAAUAAAUGCACAUACAAAAGAAAAGAAGAUAUUCCUUAGAAAAAUUUUUAGAAAUCAGAAUAAAAAGAAGGUGGCAUCAGUAAAAUUUAAUUAUAAAAAGUUGAAUACUAAAUCAAAAAAGAUUUAAAUAUUUUGAACUUCAUACAAGAUAUAAUUCUAUUGAAAAAAGCUGUCAUGAUGAUAUUGACAAAAGAUUAGCUAGCAGCGAUGCAUUUAAUAGGUUGCUCAUAAAAUUUUUUAGAAUUAAAUUUGAGCAGUAAAAAUUGCAAUUUAAAUUAACUAGAAUAUAGGAAUAAGUUAAGCCAUUAUGAAAUGUAACUUGCUAUUUCAUAAUCUAAAAAAUUCUAGGAGUAAUAUUUAUCAGAAUUUUUACAAAGAUGUACAAAUGUUGAAAAUACAAGCGAACUGGAUUAAAGAAUUGUGCAGACUAUUUAAAAAUGUCAUUUAACUAACUGA